AUGGACGAUCACGUUUUGCAGUCGAGCGCAGAUGUCGCCUCGAAAGCGCUGGAACUACGAGCAGAUCUGAAGACCUGGGAAAAAGCCUUUGCAGCCACACAUGAGGGACGCAAAGCCGGUCGCGAAGAUAUCAAACAACACCCAGUUAUAGCCAGCAAAUAUAAGGAAUAUGGCCGGCUGAAGGCCCUGGAAUCGACCUUAAGCCGACGAGAAAACCGACAAGGUCCCGUUAAUUCACAAUCAAAGAAACGCGCUUAUGGCUCUCCAACCGGGCCAGAGACUUCACAAUCCAUCACUACACCCAGGAAGGCAGCCAAAGGAAUCUUCGCCACACCAACCAACAAUCGAAUCAGAAAUGUGCCUCAGGUGGAUGAAUUCGUGUCUCCGGCCACGUUUCGCAAGUUGUUCAGUCCAAGCACUCACCGGCAAGCAGCGCCAGUCAUGUCGCCUCUCAAAGCUGCAAUCGGACCGACGCCACAGCGUGACGGGAAAGCCUUGGGCUUGUUUGAUAUGCUGUCCGAGUCAGGAGGAAGCCGCACAACUCCGUCGUCAAAGAAGCAAAAGGAAGUUUUGGUGGCGGGCUUUCACACACCCUCGAAGGACAGACUGGGUAACAAGCUGGCAGGCGUGCCGGAAGAGAAUGAGGAAGAAGAGGUGGAGGAGGAGCACGCGCGCCUAUCUCGCACGCCAGCCUCUUCGACUAAGCAAUUCUACUUGGCCAACCUCUUUGCGACCCCUACGACCAUGCGCUAUGCGGCUAUGGUUGAAGCCGACGAUGGACUGCCGGGCGAUGGAAAGGUGCCACUGAUGAGCCAAGGUGGUCCCCUACCCGAACCGAACGCAUCAGAGACGCCCUCCUUCCUACGACGAAUGAACUUUAACAGGGUUGCCCCUCCUAGCGCUAACCCCGAGACCAUGGCCCUUAGUCCAAUAGCAGUACGAAAACCUUUGAAAUUCGCUGGCAAGGGGCUCUCACAUCUAGUCCAGGGCCUGCGAGAAAUGGAGGAAGACCGCGAGGAUGACGAGUGGGACAUGCUUCGUGAAAUUGAGGCGGAGCAAGAGGCGGCGAGCUUCCAGGUUGCACAAAGUCAGCCAGUACUGCAAGAAGGUCGGCCAUACAAGAAGAAGGGUCAAAAGCGGACGACUCGCAGGGUGAUCAUGAGACCAGUUGUGACUCGGGCGAAGAAGUCAAACUCCGCGCCGAUGACGACCAAGGAGGACUCGGGAAGUGAAGAAGAAGAAGAGGAUGGCGAGCAGGAAGAAGUUACAGUGCUGGAGACGCAACUUCCGACCGGCUCGGAAGUGAUCAACGACGCUCUGGACAGCGACUACGAGGAAGUGGCGUCUCUGCACACCAUCUCUGGUUCUGAUCGAGGGCGAGCGGUCUCGGAGGAUCCCGGUUCUGAUUCCGAUGAUGAUCCAGAUUUUGGAGAAUCCUCUUCAACCCGACCAAAGAGUUUCUCCGAGCGGCUUAAAGAAGCUGUUUCAAUGGCGGAGCCCACGCUGAAGGAAGUGGCGGCUAAAGCUCCCCCGACCCAGCAGAAAGAAGAGAAGACAUCCAAGCCUCGCAUGAUCAAGGCAAAUGCUCAAGUGCACACCAACUACCGGAGCCUGAAGAUUCACCACCGUGGCGGUACUCAAGGUCGUGGCCGAUUCCGCAGAAGGUAG